AACCAAAAACAUAUGUUUACGAUUAUUCAAAUUCAAAUCGAUGUUAUGAUUGAAUGGUUAAUAAUAAAUGCUUGUUUUUUAAACUAUUUAUUGUUUAUAUAUUAAUGCUACAAGUCAAAUCACAAAAUGUUGAUUUUUGGGCUGGUUCAGGAAGUGGAAUUCCACCUAACUUGACAAAUCAAUCCUAUUCGACCUCUCAAAAUUUUUUAAAUAUAACCUUCAGAAAAUACCAAAGAAGAAAAUAUCUAAAUGAAGCAUUAUAUGUACCCAAAAUAUCCAAAUAUAAAACAUAUAACACUGGCUUAUCUUAUCAACCACAUAAUGCUUACUUUUUAUCUCCUGCAAUUAUGGAUGAAUGGUUUGAUCCAAUUGUGUUCAAUGGCCCUCAAUUGCCUCAUUUACUCGAAACAAAUAUUAAGCCAGCUCUGGCAUCAUUUUCAACGAGACCAUCCUUCGACAAUCCCUUACCUUUUUACUUGAAUUACCGAAACAACCACAUAUUGUUUUACCCUCUCUAUCAAGUCGGAGACGUAACCUAUCUAUCGUCUCAACCUACCUUAAUCAGAAAAGAUGAAUUUUUUAAAAAUUUUGACGUCAUAACACGAGUUAGAUAUUUUGAUACUCCGGAUAUUUCGAUUUCAGUGCAAGAAUUCAGUGGCAGUGGAAAUAUAUGAUUAAAUAACAUUUUAUAUACAAAAUUAUUUAUUUAUUUAUCUAUCUAUUUAUAUUUAUUGUA